CUCAGCGCUUGCAGAGCAGAAUGGAUGCACUGGUUGUGAUGCUACUCUUACAGACUUGAUGACAGACAGCAAGUGAUCCUCCUGAUUCAAGCUCGAAAUGGGAAAAGGCUGUAAAGUUGUGGUGUGUGGCCAGGCAGCAGUGGGGAAAACUGCCAUACUGGAACAAUUGCUGUAUGGAAAUCACUCUGUGGGUUCUGAAUCCAGCGAGACCCAGGAGGACGUGUAUGUGGCCUCAGUGGAAACUGACCGCGGUGUGAAGGAACAGCUGAGGCUUUAUGACACCAAAGGCCUCCACGAUGGGCAGGACCUCCCCAAACACUACUACUCCGUGGCGGACGGCUUCGUGCUCGUCUACAGCGUCGACAGCUCGGAGUCUUUCAAGAAGGUGGACGUCCUGAAGAAGGAGAUAGACAAGUCCAGAGAUAAAAAAGAGGUGACAGUCAUAGUUCUGGGGAAUAAGACGGACCUGCGGGAGCGUCGUCAGGUGGACCAGGAGGUGGCCCAGCAGUGGGCUCGAGGCGAGAAGGUGAAGCUGUGGGAGGUGAGCGUCGCGGAACGCAACUCCCUCAUCGAACCCUUCACCCAGCUGACCAGCCGCCUCACGCAGCCUCAGAGCAAGUCGGCCUUCCCUCUGCCCGGACGCAAAAGCAAAGGCACCCCGUCCAACGACAUCUGAAACUCCGAGGAUCCCCGUCUCUCCUCCCUGUUCCUUCUAGUACGCUGCAUUCACCUCAUGUGGGAAUAACGAGCAUGGCGACAUGGACAGGUCUUUAGCUUAGCAAUGGCUUUGGUUGCUUCUCUGUAAAUGUGAGCAUUUUACACACAUCAUCAUUUCAGUUAUACACAAUUUAAACAUCAUUUUAGGGGUAAUGUUCAACAUUUUGGGGAAUAUGCUUAUUUGUUUUCUUUCUGAGAAUUGUAUGAGAAGAUUUAUGUCAAACUUGUGUUAAAGACUGGAAGCAGGGGGGGAAAAGCUAGUCUGGUACUUUCAAAGGUCACGAACAAUGCCUAGCAACACCUCUAAAGCUCAUUAACUAGCAUGUUUUAUCUUGUUUGUUUAAUCUGUGCAAAAACAGAAGUGUUAAAAACAUUUUUUUGAAUUUUAGGAGAAGUUGUGUGCUGGAACUACUUCUUGAAAAACAACAGGUUGUCCAUCCGCCCAGCACUUCUGUGCAGUGACUCCAGCUGUAGUGCAGGUGUGCCAGAUGUGGUUGUUGAGCACAGGUUGUGGUGUUGUUCCCUGCAGAGGCAUGGUGGGACCAAACCUGGCAACCUCACUUCGAUGAGAAAUAAAACUGAGUGGUUUUAGAGGGAGUAACGUGGUGUGACUGUUUCCUGGCAAAACCACCCGGUUGCAGUGAUUGCCAUCUUGUCUUUACAGAAACAAAACAUCCACCUGUGCUCACCCACUGUAUCUUGACACCCUGAGAUAUAAUCACACGCAGAAGUGCUGGGCAGAUAGAUGAACUGUUGUUAUCAAAAAAUACUUUUGACAUGUAACUUCCCCUGAAAUCACAAAUUGUAUUUUUUUCAUUUCUGUUAAUGUUUGGUUUAACAAAUCAGACACAAUGUGUUAAUCGGUGAGCUUCAGCGUUAUUGUUAAUCAUUAGUAUUCUGUAUUUUUGGACAGAGCCAGACCAGCUGUUUCUCUGCUUCCAGUCUUAAUGCUAAGCUAGGCUAACCACAAGCUGACCCCAGCACUGACCCCAACACACUGACAUGAUAUUGAUAUCUGAUCUUCUCAUCUCUCUCACAGAAAGAAAGCAAAUGAGCAUAAGUCCCAGUGUGUUUAAUAAUCCAAUGGUACGUGUCGUUUUCUGUACAAUGUGAGUCGUCAAUCAGUUUCUAUAAUUUAAGAUAAACAUCUUAAAAACGUAGCAGUUCAGUACCAAAGAUUUGACACAACCCGAACACUAAUCAUGUGGAUUUACACUUUUGAGUUGCGAUUGUGAAAAUGUAUGUGUUUACCAUUCCAACUUAAAGGAUGAGUUUAUAUUUGUUCAGGUCUAUCUUGCGUUAAUAGAAAACAUUGAAUGAGUCAUUGGUUGCUGUAAUCAUCCCAAUCUAGAGCCACUACAAUAACAGAGGUGGUAGACAAAAUGCACAGUUUUUAACCCCCAUUUUCUAACAUUGUAUUUUGCGCCAGGAAAGGAUCUCUUCAUGUUUCCUGCAACCUGUCACUCUUCCAAAAAAGGUUGUUGUGAAGUUGAGAAGUCUGAAACUCCAGAAAGUCCAGAAAGCUGUGGCACCAAACUCUUUUGACCUCUCACGGAAGCUCAGAAAUGUUGGGAGUCUGACAGUAUUUUCAGACAGUAAUCGUAACACUAGUUUUAUUUCCCAUCUGAUGUGAAUGCAGCAUAAAUCCUUGUUUUCAGGCAGAACUCAGCUAGCCUUCGUCCAGUCCAUCUCAUAUAUCAAAUAUGGCCUGGCAGCAAUAAUAUUCAUGGUGCCGCCUUUAACUCGUGAAGUGAAAGUCAAUGUCUGUCCGGCGUUUGUUGCACUCCUUUGUCGUCAAGCCUGUAUAAUCCAAAUAGGGCUACUAGUUAAAGCUGUGUGUGAGUCUUAACAGUAGAAAUGUCCGUGUUGAGAGGAAAUAUUUAUUUUUAAACUAAUUUAUUUUUGUCACUUUAAUGAGCCACAUUCCUUGAAUUCUGAAAAAAAUGGUUAAACAAUGUGAAGGAUGACCUGCGCUGUUUUGUGUGUCCUAAAUGUCUCAAAGUAAUAACAUUUAAUGUGCUGCUAGUAGAACAGAGGUAGUGGGACUGUAAUCAUUGCAAAGCCUAAAUUAUUCUCUGCUCUGGAACUCUGUCUUAAG